AUGGGGGAAUGGAUCUAUCUUGAGUUUGAGAAGCUACCUGGAAAAAGUUCCAAAACGAGGGACAAUGUUGUCAUAACAAAAGAGGCAGUUCAUUUAAUAGCGAAACGGCCUUUAGAGCCAAAUGUUCGGUUGCAUGAGGCACCCGGGGCCAGUACCCUCCACAUCGCAUCACCUGCUGGUGGAAUGGAAGAACCAAUGCACCUGCUAGCAGUGGCUACUGCUUAUGUCCAAUUCAAUUCAGCUGCCUUCGAAACAGAAAGGCCCAUCUUUCCUGGCUGCAGUUUCCUCACGCUUCACCGAAACCACCACGUGUAG